CCAUUUUGUCCUUUCCACAGCUAUGACAUGGUGCAUUAUGGCCACUCUAACCAGCUGCGCCAGGCACGGGCCAUGGGCGACUACCUCAUCGUGGGUGUGCACACCGAUGAGGAGAUCUCCAAGCACAAGGGGCCCCCGGUGUUCACUCAGGAGGAGAGGUACAAGAUGGUGCAGGCCAUCAAGUGGGUAGACGAGGUGGUGCCGGCGGCUCCCUAUGUUACCACGCUGGAGACACUGGACAAGUACAGCUGCGACUUCUGUGUCCAUGGCAAUGACAUCACACUGACCGUAGAUGGCCGUGACACCUACGAGGAAGUGAAGCAGGCUGGGAGGUACAGAGAGUGCCAGCGCACCCAGGGCGUGUCCACCACGGACCUCGUGGGCCGCAUGUUGCUGGUGACCAAGGCCCAUCACAGCGGUCACGAGAUCUCCUCUGAGUACCGGGAAUACGCAGACAGCUUUGGUAAGUGCCCUGGGGGGCGGAACCCCUGGACAGGGGUAUCGCAGUUUCUGCAGACGUCUCAGAAGAUCAUCCAGUUUGCUUCUGGGAAGGAACCUCAGCCAGGGGAGACGGUCAUCUACGUGGCCGGCGCCUUCGACCUGUUCCACAUCGGCCACGUGGACUUCCUGGAGAAGGUGCACGGCCUGGCAGAGAGGCCAUACGUCAUCGCCGGCUUGCACUUUGACCAGGAGGUCAACCACUACAAGGGGAAGAACUACCCCAUCAUGAACCUGCACGAGCGGACCCUGAGCGUGCUGGCCUGCCGGUAUGUGUCAGAAGUGGUGAUCGGGGCCCCCUAUGCGGUCACAGCAGAGCUCCUGGACCACUUCAAGGUGGACCUGGUAUGUCACGGGAAGACGGAAAUCGUGCCUGACAAGGACGGCUCAGAUCCUUACCAGGAGCCUAAGAGAAGGGGCAUCUUCUGUCAGAUCGACAGCGGGAGUGACCUUACCACGGACCUCAUCGUCCAGCGCAUCAUCAAGAACAGGCUAGAGUACGAGGCCCGGAACCAGAAGAAAGAGGCCAAGGAGCUGGCUUUCCUGGAGGCCAGGAGGCGGCAGGAGGGCACAGACCAUGCCGCCUCCCGUGUGGGCUCCCUGGUGCCCUGGGCCUGGCUCUUGGGCACCGUGCCCCCCACUUCCCGGGCCAGCCUUGCUGCUCUCCCCACAGACUGUUCUCGAUUUUGUAUCUGACUGGCUGGUGUACAACCAAAUAAACCUGGUCGGAGGUAUUCUG